GAAUUGUGCACCACACACAAGAUGGACGCGCUGGCGCUGGUUCGCGCGGCAGUGAUUGCGAACCGUCCCAUCGAAUCGGAGAAUGGUGAAGUCUUGUUGUACUCGAUCAACAUGGAAACAGGCGAGAAGGAAGUGAGCCAUCGGUUCCCAGCAACGUUGAAGACGACGUUCCAUUCCAAAGCGACCGGGAAGAGCUACGACUUGCAUGCAGUCGUCACGUGUGUCAAGUAUGCCGCGUUGUCGUUUCCGGAAUAUGUGUCCAAGACGCGGUCGGAAAAGGCAACUAUGGUGUCGACAAUGGACAAGAAAGAGUUGAUGGCGUAUCUGCGUGGCGAUAUCGAAAAGUCUGUCCAAGUGUAUGACCACGCAGAGGCCGCGGCAACCCAGAAGCGCAAGGCAGCUGCAGAAGAUCAAUCCCGUCCACUCGAAUCGGGUUCCUCGGCUUCCGCACCUCCAUCGAAGAAACCGAAGGACGUGGAGCGUGCGGCCGCGCCAUCCGGCGAUGAUGCGUUGGGCGAGACGGACACUGAGAACGAAAUCAAGAAGCGCAUUCUUGACAAGGAAUACACGCACUGUGAUCGCACAAGCAUGAUGACAACGCCAAAGUCGUUCGAGUCGAUGUUGGCGCUGUUCGAGCUGGUGUUGAAGGAAGAACGAGAACGGUCCAAUGGGUCGGGUAAGCCGACGCUGCUCACGCAGCCGUCGUCGACAAUCUUACCUCUUCACGUGGCCAUGAAGCGAGUGAUUCCAGAUACCCCAAUUAUUGUCGUUCCCGCGGGGGUGUCGGACCUGUUGAGUCUGCUGAAUGUCAAGGACUUCUUGGAAGAAGGGCAUUUUGUCACGACCGCGCAAAAAAAGUCGGAAGGACUGCGCAAGCCCGCGUCGUUAACGGUCCACAUCAAGGAGAGCGACCACACGUACACGUUCAAGCUCGUGGACAGCGUCAUCCGGUUCACCUCCCGCGACUGGUACGUUGGAUGGAGGCAAGGUCCGGCCGCUCACUCGUGUCACCAGGAACGCCGUCGUUGGUGUCAUCGUUUCAGGGCAUGCGUGGCAGUUCAAGGACUGGCAGUGGCAGUUUCCCCUGGAAGUGUUUAAGCGAGUUUGCGGGAUUCAUAUUUAUUCGCACGGCACGCCGCUCAACGACGAAAUCAAGAAAUGGGACGUCAAAAUUCUCAUGAUCCAUCCGCACAAGCGCCACUUGGAUAAAGUGGCGUCGAGUGAAUUUUGGCGCCAUCUCUUUGCCCACCUACGCCUCCGCAUGAAUACCUAGUUGGCCCACAGACGUAUGCUGCUGCGUCUUUAAGUGCGUCGGGUUUGUGCUGCAUAGCGGCACACGCGCCGUGAAUAAAAUGUAGUCCAUCUCGCA